AUGGCACAAGGCAGCUUCCGGCGAGUGCAGGUUGUGGAGGUCGACGAGUCGGACGACGACCGGAGGGACGCACAGGAGUGCGCGCCCGAGCCGUCAGCGGACAUCCAGAUCGAGGCCAGCAGGCAGGGCGUCGACAAGGCCAAGCAGAAGGCGAAUAGCCUGUUCGCGCAGGGCCAGCUGGAGGAGUCGAUCAGGUGGUUCACCAAGUGCAUAUGGCUUGUGGACUCCAAGCGGGUAGCCGACGUGCCCAGCGACCAGCUUUCCAUCCUCCACGGCAACCGCGCACUGGCGCACAUUGCAGCGACCAGGUGGGCCGAGGCGGAGGCCGACUGCUCGCGGGCGCUGGCGCUGAAUAGCGCAAACUUCAAGGCCAGGUACCGCCGGGCAAGGGCACGCUUCGAGCUCGGGAAGUUCCAGGUGGCCCUUCAAGACGUCGACGACGUCAUGAAGGACCUGCCGGACCCGCAAAGCGGCAAGGAGGCCAUGGAGCUGAAGGACCAGAUCCGUGCGAAGCUCCAGGCCUCGGAGACUGGCCCAGGAGCCAGCGAGCCGCCGCAGGACUCGGGCUUCAGGCGCCUGCAGGUCGUGGAGGUCAGUGACGACGAGUCGGAUGAGGCUCCUGAGCAGGAGCCUUCCCCAGAGCUCCGAGUGGCUUGCAGCGUGCAGGGCAUCGAGGAGACCAAGAAGCAGGGAAACAGCCUUUUCGCAAAGGGUUCUUUCGACGACUCUCUCAGAUGGUUCUCCAAGGGCAUCUGGCUCGCAUCGAGCGGCAGGGUAUCCAAUGUGCCGAGCGAGUUGUUGUCGAUUUUGUACGCGAACCGCGCUUUUGCACAGAUCAAGUUGCAGAAAUGGGCAGAGGCAGACUCCGAUUGCUCGAACGCCCUCAGUAUCAACGGCAAGAACGUCAAGGCGCGGUACAGGCGAGCCAUGGCCCGCUACGAGAUGAACAUGGCGGAAGCCGCGCUCAAGGACGUCGAUCAGGUCCUCCAGGAACUGCCGGACGAUCAGAAAGAGGGCGAAGCAGCGGAGUUGAAGCGGACGAUAGAGGCCAAGCUUCGCGUGUCAUCCCCGAAGGUUGCCGAGCCGUCCUCAGAGCCUCCACCGGGCUUCCGGCGGAUGCAGAUUGUCGAGGCGAGUGAUUCAGAGGAGGAAGACGUCAAGGAUACAGGAGGUAAGGCAGCAAUGAAUAGGACCAUCUCGCCGAGCGGGGCUGCCCACGACGUGGGGCCGUCGUCCGCACCUCCAGCACCUUCAACGCAGCCGCCGGAGGGCUUCAGGCGCAUGCAGAUCGUCGAGGUCGAGGACAGCGACGAGGGCGAAGAGCCGGCGCAAGAGCGAGGCCAGCCCGAACCUUUCCCGGAGCUGAAGGUCGAGCGGAGCUUGCGAGGCAUGGAGGAGGCGAAGGGCCAGGGAAACAAGGCAUUUGCAAGCGGGGCCUUCGAGGAGUCCGUCAGGUGGUUCGCCAAGGCGAUAUGGGCAGCGGGCACGGAGCAAGGACCAGUAGCUUCGGGCGAGCAGCGCUCUGUCCUGCACUCCAACCGGGCGUUCGCGUUGGUGAAAUUGCGAAGAUGGGAGGAGGCCGAGGCGGACUGCUCUGAGGCCCUCGCACUGAACAGCCAGAACGUGAAGGCGCAGUACAGAAGAGCGAUGGCACGCUACGAGCUUGGCAUGGCCAAGGGUGCGUUGCAAGACAUCGAGCAAGUCCUGAAGGAUCUGCCCGAGGCGCAGAAGACAGGGGAUGCACUAGCGCUGAAAGAGAACAUCGAGGCACUAUGCAAGAGGCAGGCCCCCAAAGCACCUUCUCCCACAUCGGUCUCCAAAUCCGCAUCUAAGGUUGCCGACGGUUUCCGAAGGUUGCAGGUAGUGGAGGACGACGACUCGGACGAGGAGCCAGCAGACCAGAAGAAGUCGAGUCCCAAGGAGUCAGCGACCAGCCCAACUGCCACGGGGACCAUCUCGCCGUCGUCCGCACCUCCAGCACCUUCAACGCAGCCGCCGGAGGGCUUCAGGCGCAUGCAGAUCGUCGAGGUCGAGGACAGCGACGAGGGCGAAGAGCCGGCGCAAGAGCGAGGCCAGCCCGAACCUUUCCCGGAGCUGAAGGUCGAGCGGAGCUUGCGAGGCAUGGAGGAGGCGAAGGGCCAGGGAAACAAGGCAUUUGCAAGCGGGGCCUUCGAGGAGUCCGUCAGGUGGUUCGCCAAGGCGAUAUGGGCAGCGGGCACGGAGCAAGGACCAGUAGCUUCGGGCGAGCAGCGCUCUGUCCUGCACUCCAACCGGGCGUUCGCGUUGGUGAAAUUGCGAAGAUGGGAGGAGGCCGAGGCGGACUGCUCUGAGGCCCUCGCACUGAACAGCCAGAACGUGAAGGCGCAGUACAGAAGAGCGAUGGCACGCUACGAGCUUGGCAUGGCCAAGGGUGCGUUGCAAGACAUCGAGCAAGUCCUGAAGGAUCUGCCCGAGGCGCAGAAGACAGGGGAUGCACUAGCGCUGAAAGAGAACAUCGAGGCACUAUGCAAGAGGCAGGCCCCCAAAGCACCUUCUCCCACAUCGGUCUCCGAAUCCGCAUCUAAGGUCGCCGACGGUUUCCGAAGGUUGCAGGUAGUGGAGGACGACGACUCGGACGAGGAGCCAGCAGACCAGAAGAAGUCGAGUCCCAAGGAGUCAGCGACCAGCCCAACUGCCACGGGGACCAUCUCGCCGUCGUCCGCACCUCCAGCACCUUCAACGCAGCCGCCGGAGGGCUUCAGGCGCAUGCAGAUCGUCGAGGUCGAGGACAGCGACGAGGGCGAAGAGCCGGCGCAAGAGCGAGGCCAGCCCGAACCUUUCCCGGAGCUGAAGGUCGAGCGGAGCUUGCGAGGCAUGGAGGAGGCGAAGGGCCAGGGAAACAAGGCAUUUGCAAGCGGGGCCUUCGAGGAGUCCGUCAGGUGGUUCGCCAAGGCGAUAUGGGCAGCGGGCACGGAGCAAGGACCAGUAGCUUCGGGCGAGCAGCGCUCUGUCCUGCACUCCAACCGGGCGUUCGCGUUGGUGAAAUUGCGAAGAUGGGAGGAGGCCGAGGCGGACUGCUCUGAGGCCCUCGCACUGAACAGCCAGAACGUGAAGGCGCAGUACAGAAGAGCGAUGGCACGCUACGAGCUUGGCAUGGCCAAGGGUGCGUUGCAAGACAUCGAGCAAGUCCUGAAGGAUCUGCCCGAGGCGCAGAAGACAGGGGAUGCACUAGCGCUGAAAGAGAACAUCGAGGCACUAUGCAAGAGGCAGGCCCCCAAAGCACCUUCUCCCACAUCGGUCUCCGAAUCCGCAUCUAAGGUUGCCGACGGUUUCCGAAGGUUGCAGGUAGUGGAGGACGACGACUCGGACGAGGAGCCAGCAGACCAGAAGAAGUCGAGUCCCAAGGAGUCAGCGACCAGCCCAACUGCCACGGGGACCAUCUCGCCGUCGUCCGCACCUCCAGCACCUUCAACGCAGCCGCCGGAGGGCUUCAGGCGCAUGCAGAUCGUCGAGGUCGAGGACAGCGACGAGGGCGAAGAGCCGGCGCAAGAGCGAGGCCAGCCCGAACCUUUCCCGGAGCUGAAGGUCGAGCGGAGCUUGCGAGGCAUGGAGGAGGCGAAGGGCCAGGGAAACAAGGCAUUUGCAAGCGGGGCCUUCGAGGAGUCCGUCAGGUGGUUCGCCAAGGCGAUAUGGGCAGCGGGCACGGAGCAAGGACCAGUAGCUUCGGGCGAGCAGCGCUCUGUCCUGCACUCCAACCGGGCGUUCGCGUUGGUGAAAUUGCGAAGAUGGGAGGAGGCCGAGGCGGACUGCUCUGAGGCCCUCGCACUGAACAGCCAGAACGUGAAGGCGCAGUACAGAAGAGCGAUGGCACGCUACGAGCUUGGCAUGGCCAAGGGUGCGUUGCAAGACAUCGAGCAAGUCCUGAAGGAUCUGCCCGAGGCGCAGAAGACAGGGGAUGCACUAGCGCUGAAAGAGAACAUCGAGGCACUAUGCAAGAGGCAGGCCCCCAAAGCACCUUCUCCCACAUCGGUCUCCGAAUCCGCAUCUAAGGUUGCCGACGGUUUCCGAAGGUUGCAGGUAGUGGAGGACGACGACUCGGACGAGGAGCCAGCAGACCAGAAGAAGUCGAGUCCCAAGGAGUCAGCGACCAGCCCAAGCGUAACUGGUCCGCUGAUGGACGCGGGCUUCAAGAGAUUACAUAUUGAAGAAGUAAGCGAAGAUGAGUCGGAGGAAGCCAUGGAACAAGAGCCCAUUCCAGACAUUAGAGUUGAUGCCAGCAUUCAGGGCAUUGAGGAGACCAAGAAGCAGGGGAACAGUCUCUUCGCGAAGGGGUCUUUCGACGAGUCUCUCGGAUGGUUCUCUAAGGGCAUCUGGCUCGCAUCGAGCGGCAGGGUAUCCAACGUGCCCAGCGAGCUGCUGUCGAUCUUGCACGCGAACCGCGCUUUUGCACAAAUCAAGUUGCAGAAGUGGGCAGAGGCAGACUCCGAUUGCUCGAAGGCCCUCGGCAUCAACGGCCAGAACGUCAAGGCGCGGUACAGGCGAGCCAUGGCCCGCUACGAGAUGAACAUGGCGGAAGCCGCGCUCAAGGACGUCGACCAGGUCCUCCAGGAACUGCCGGACGAUCAGAAAGAGGGCGAAGCAGCGGAGCUAAAGCGGAAGAUAGAGGCCAAGCUUCGCGUGUCAUCCCCGAAGGUUACCGAGCCGUCCUCAGAGCCUCCACCGGGCUUCCGGCGGAUGCAAAUUGUCGAGGCGAGUGAUUCAGAGGAGGAAGACGUCAAGGAUACAGGUUGUAAGGCAGCAACGACGGGGACCAUCUCGCCGAGCGGGGCUGCCCACGACGUGGCGCCGUCGUCCACACCUCCAGCACCGCAGCCGCCGGAGGGCUUCAGGCGCAUGCAGAUCGUCGAGGCCGAGGACAGCGACGAGGAGGAGCCGCUGGAGUGCGCACCUGAGCCGUCAGCGGACAUCCAGAUCGAGGCCACCAGGCAGGGCGUCGACCAGGGCAAGCAGAAGGCGAACGGCCUGUUCGCGCAGGGCCAGCUGGAAGAGUCGAUCAGGUGGUUCACAAAGUGCAUCUGGAUGGUGGACUCCAAGAAGGUGACUGCCGUUCCCGGCGACCAGCACUCCAUCCUCCACGCCAAUCGCGCCCUCGCGUACAUCGCCGCGAGCAAGUGGCUCGAGGCCGAGGAAGAUUGCUCGAGGGCGCUGGGGCUGAACAACGCGAACUUCAAGGCGCGCUACCGCCGGGCGAGGGCGCGCUUCGAGCUCGGCAACUUCCAGGCGGCCUUGCGGGACGUCGACGACGCCCUGAAAGAGAUGCCAGACCCGCACAGCAGCAAGGAGGCGUCGGAGCUGAAGGAUCAGAUCCUCGCGAAGCUCCAG